AUGACUGAAAAUGGACGUCAUGCAGAGGAAAGUGGAUCCAAGUCCAGAACACGGAGUCGACGCAGUCCAGACAAAAGUUCCCGUAGUCCCUUGAGGAAUAGCACUCUGGACAGCAACGCCAGGAAACUCAGUGCAGUGGAGUUCAGAGAACCACUCGUUUCAUACAGGGAAGCAUCUCCGCUGCCAGUGUCCCAGGCUCACUCUGAACCAGAAGUCCAUUUGUUACCGACAGAGGUGGGCUUCCCUCAGGCUGACUUUGCUCUAAGCCAGCUGGUUUAUCAGCGUGACACCCGAGACAUGCAGACUGCAGACCUGGACACCCCACAUUCCUCAGCUGUAGACAGCACAUCUGUACGCUACCUCAAUGACCUGUCUGCUCUCAACGCCAUUCACCAACCUGACCAAGCCCCACUAGGUUCAGAGGUCAUCCCCAGAACACAUUUACAGGCCGAGACAUCCCAGACUUCCCUGACAUCCAUCACCGGUUCAGUCACAGCUUCCAUAAGGCUGGAGAACAUGCGGCGUCGGCAACCUGAUGAAAAGCUAGAAAAGCUGAAAGAGAGAAUCCGCAGACAGAGGGAACAUUUGGAGGAGACAGAAGAAAGAAACAAGCUGCUGGGAUACUUGGAGCAACCUGUGGGUAUUGGAGCGGCAGCACAUAGUACCACAGUACCUACUGCUAAAGUUCGGAAAGUGGCCCCAGCCCCUCCAGCGCCCAUUUACAAAGGCUUCAACACCAGUGAGACUAAGAUUCGCACACCUGAUGGGAAAGUGUGGGCAGAGGAGGACUUCCAGAACUUAAGCAGGGAAAUAUACAAAGACCUGACAAAACAGCUUACAGCAGAGAGCACAAAACCAAAGCAGAGGCCUGUAGAGCGAGAAAAGGUGAAAGAGAAGAAACCAUCCAAACCUGUUAGGAAAGUACACAGAUCUUCCUCUGCACCGGACUCAAAUACUAAACCAGCAAUCAGCACGUCAUCGUGGCGAGAUGGGCAGAAGCUGGUGAAGAUGAUGCUGGGGCCACCGCCACGGUUACACAGAGAGCCUCGAGUGAAGUCCUCGGAGACACAGAUGAGAACAGGACCCGGUCCCCGUUCCAGCUCUGAUCCUCGUCUUGAGCGUAGCCGGCGUUCAAGGCCCACUAGUGCAGAAAGACCUCGCAAUCACGUUCUUCCAGAAGAGCCAGCUGGACCUUCCAGAUCAACAGAGGGUGAUAGAAGAAAAUCUCCCAGCACAGACCUUCUCUCAGCAGACAUCCGUGGCAUCCUAGAUGACCUGCAGCUGGAGGAGGACAGCAGCAGGAGGGCAGAAGCGCCCCGCUCGAAAGUCCAUGCCUCAACCAGAGUUUCUCGUAGUGCCAGUCCUGCCAAGACUACCAAGAGAGCAGAUCCUCCUGAGCAUCCCAUGGCAAAGAAGCGGCACUAUGACGCAGAAGCGGUGCGACUGUAUAUUGCUCAAAAACAAGAAGAAAGGAAAAAACGGCAAGCAGAGGAGAGGAGGGCUCAGCGGGAGGAAGAAGAGAACAAGAAUAAACGCCUACAGGAGCUUUACAGGAGACAACGAGCAGGGGCCACCAAGGGCCCAGUCACACCUGAAGGUCCAAUAAAGAAGCGGCUCCAGGAAACAUACACCAAACUUCUGCUGGAGCAGACUCAGCUCAGAGAAGAGAUCAAUGGCGGUGCCAUAACAAACAUAGUCCAGCAGCCGAGAACAGUAUACCAGCCAUCUGGAGAGUCUGAUAAAGAAAACAAAAGACAUGAUCGACCUCAAAGUGCCACCUCCAGCAGUGAUCUGUCCCUUACGGGGCAAUGCCAGCCUCCUUUCUCCAGGAAUGGUUUGGGUUUUGCAGGGUCACCCUGGCUUCAAUCUGACCAGUGUAGUCCUGCUCUGAGGGUCAGCAGCUCCCUAGCACCUCCUUCUGGCCAUAUCUUCUCUCAGCUGUUAGAACUUGAUCCAGAACCUUCACUACCUAACAGAGAGUCCCUAACUGCACAUGCAGUGUUUCCCUCAACCACAGGCCGCAAAAUGAGUCGUAUUGAGGCUCUUAAGGCCACAGCUGCCUCUCUCUCCAGCCGUAUUGAGAGCGAGGCAUGUAAGCUAGCCGGUGCCGGAAUAAACUACGGUUGUGCCAGGGAUACAGGCACGGGUCUUUUAAUCCCUAAUGAUGACCGCUGGGCUAAACCUGUCAGUCCGCCAGUCAGAGAGAAUCCGACAGAUUCUGAUGACCUGGUUGAGAGGAUUGAAAAACUGCUUGCUGCGGGUCAGAGCACCUAUGAUCAGGCCCUUCCAGGUGUGGGCAACCUGCACAGCUUUAGGGAGAGGAUGGAGACUGGGAACAAACAAACACUUGCACCUUCUGGCCUCAACUCUAGAAACAAACGCAAGACCCCUUCUCCUCCAAAGUCCUUUGUUCAGGAAGUUGAGCUGGACUCCAGCGGAGGUUCUAUCAGUGAGGGUCCUCUGCUGAGUGAGGGCAGUAUAUCUGACGAAGACCUGCAAGAGCUGCCCAAAUCAAGACUGGGAACCACAGGAUACAGUGCACAUCUGAAUGGAAACAGUUUGAACCCAAUUUCACGCUUUCAGAAAGAGGCAGAGAAGCACCUGCCCUUUAAUGUGUCAAAUAUGGUACGAGGAGGAAGCAAUGGACCAUGGGAAGAACUGGCCAAGGGAAGCCCACACAGUGUUAUCAAUAUAUUCACAAAGAACAUGAGCUACAGCAAAGCAUUUGAAGAAAGGGGUGGUAAGAGUUCUCCGGCUCUCCGCUCUGCUUUGUCUGGUGCCAGCUCAUUGGAUGGAAUGGUCUAUGAGGAAGACUUUGUUUCCUCUCUCGCCAGUAGCCAAUCAGCAUCCAAGAGAAGUCCCAAUGGGCUCAGUAAUGGCCACGGUCGGUUCAGUCCUCCAGAUGAGGUGCUAAGUGUUAGAUCUGCAUACAGUAACAGAGCUGGGGCGAGAUCUCAACAUUCACCAGCUCUUACACCCCUCUCCUCUCCACACUCAGCCAGCUCAAGCAGCAAGAGAGCUUCAGAAAGGAGCUUGCUGGAGGGACAAAGAAACACAUCCUCUGCAGUCUCUGAUCUCCCUGCUGAGGGUUUUAAGAAGAGCGGCUCAGAGAAAGCAUCCAGUCGCAGCUCUCACAGGAGCGUGGACACAGACAGCACACUGGGGGGUGUCUCAGUCCACUCCAUCCAUAGUCAUUUUGGCUCUGAGGGAAAGAAAUCUCCCCAAAGCGCUCGUACAACUCCUGCCGCUGGUUCUCCAGCCAGCUCUGGUUCUUCCCGGUUGUCUCCAGGUGACAGUAUCCCAAUCAGAGGGUCUGCCCAGGGGUCAGGUUCCCCUCACGCAGCUCUGCCCAGUUCCUCCUCAUCAGCUGACAGGGCUAAAUCCAACCCCUCACCCCAUACUCAAAGCCCAGGAAGAACAGAGCACAGGACUGCAGGUUCAGCAGAGCUCCAGUUUGCUCCUGGGGUCCUCCAGCAGCGCCUGUCUGCUGAGCUCAGUUACCUGGAUGCAGUGGAGGAGUCAGUGCGACAGCUCGGUAAUGUGGAGCGAGUGAGAGGCGUGUCUCUCGCUCAGCAGGAAACUGUCUCGCUCGCUCAGAUUCUCAAGUCUCAGCAACAGAGGCAUGAGCGUGAACUGUACUUGCUAAGGAUGAAGGCAGAGCAAGAAGCCCUCGAAACACAACGGCAACUGGAAGAAAGCAGACAGAAAGCUGCACAGGCCCAUGCAGAGCUGCAAGAGGGUUUACUCCAGUCUCAACGGCAGGCUUUAGGAGGUUUGCACGAGGCCACAAACAAAAUGAUAAACCAGCAGGUUGAGGCUGCAUGCCACACAGCUGAAACGGCACAACACAUUAAAGAGAUGACUGAGCUGGCUCGUUCACAGAUUGCAGGAGCGUUAAGUGUUCCUGGCCCCUCCAUUAUGACCCUGUAUGAUCAACAGAAACAGCACAAACGCGGUUUGAAACCGCAGCAGCCACACCCCCACACUAACAGUAGCUGGAUGAGUGAGCUGUCUCCUGAGAGACGUACGAGUCCAUCAGAGGUCGAGACUCCACCAGACAGCCUCUCAGAGUCCAUCCCUUCCAGGAGACCCACCAUCAGUGGUGGUGGAAGCAGUAGUACCCAACUGAGUCCACCUCGUUCUGAUCAAAAGGAGAGGAAGACACCAGGAAAAGACAGGAGCAGUAGUUCAGUGGAGGACCAGGCUCACACCACUGCCGAUGACUCCCUUUGCUCGGACAAUGUGCGAAGCCCACUUGAAGAGAAAGCGGACAGUGCCUCCAUCACCACAGAGUACUCUGUGAAGUUUGAUGACUCUAUGACAGAGGAUGACAUUGAGGAAAGAUCGUUCCGCUCUCUUUUACCAUCUGAGGCCCACCGACGCGAAUCGCUGGACAGGAGGCCCAGUCCUCAUCCCGACUCUGAUGACGACCACAGCCAUGACAGAUCCAGCCCCAGAGCGAGCUCAAAGCAGGAUGGCAGCAUGCCCUUCUCAAGUGGUCAGGACAGCUUCUCGAAGUUCACCAUGGAUUUGGUGAGUCAGUACAUGAAGGAGGAGGAAGUUCGCGCUCAACACCAGAAUUCUCUGCUGCGUCUGCGUCAGAAGGCCCUCCGAGAGAAGACCAAGGCUGAACUGGCCUGGCUGGAACACCAGAAGAGGCGUCUCAGAGAUAAAGGAGAGGAUGAUAAGAUGCCACCCCUUCGUAAGAAACAGAGAGGCUUAAUACUGAAGCUACAACAGGAACAGGCGGAGAUCAAACGACUGCAGGAGGCCAAUAAAGCAGCGAGGAGGGAGAGACAGCUGCUCCUCAAACAGCAGGAGGAGAUUGAAAGAAUGAGGCACACAACACUCAAACUCAAAGAGCGGCUCAAAAGCGCCGACACAAAGCUGGAAUCACCUGUUUCAAGUGUGGCGGAGGAGUCUGCUCCGCCCAGCGUGAUUGUGACAGAUGCAGAGACCCGUAGCCCCUCCCCCAUGUCUGUGUCGGGCAGUGAAACCAGUAGCAUCAUGCAGAAACUGAAAAAGAUGCGGUCUCACAUGGACGAAAAACACUGUUCUCCUGUCCAUUAUUUCUUCUCUGUCUUUACGGCUCAUCACUGGGCCUCUCUGUCUGUCUGUCUCCCAAAACUCCACCCCAAAUUCCAGCUCUUUAUCUACAGCCAGUUGGUCAGGUUUCUCACUAAAAGGGAGCAGCAGUUAAUGCAGAGGCGCAGACAUGCGGAGGAGCUUCUUGAGUGGAGACAGCGGUUGGAUGCGGAGGAGGCCGAAGUGCGCCACAUGGAGAAACAAGCUCUGGCGGCCUGGGAAAAACAGCAGCAGUCACGCAACAGAACACCACUGCAGCAGCGCAGCCGGGAAAGUGAGCGCAGUAAAACCAGCGGUGGACAAGAGAGUCCCACAGGACAAGAAGCAGGCAGCGAAGAUGAUGACUCCCCAGCAUUGUCUGUGUCCAGCGUGCACACUGAUUUGUCAGUUCUAGAGCAGCUGGCCAGCCCUUCCUCAGACCAACCUGUCUCUGAGCUACACUCUCCUCAUACGGGCAACAGCCCUGCCCCUGAUACCCUCUACUCACCUGAGUUUAAUGCCACAGACAGCAAACAGUCUCCUCCAGAGAAAGCCAACCUCAGCUCUCUUCAGCAUUCAGACAGUAGCCUGCCUGGGACUGUCACUGGCACUAGCGGAAGCAGCAAGAUGCAGGUGCGCUCCAGCUCCAAGACCAGUGAGGCCUGCACCAGUGACCCUCAUUCGGCCACUCCUUCCGAGACCACAUCUGAUCAGAGUGAUAUUGAGAGCCGUAUUCAUGCCCUCAAGGACGAGCUCCGUAAACGCAAAUCUGUGGUGUAUCAGCUAAAGAAAGAGCAAAAGAAGAGGCAAAAAGAGCGACUGAAAGCUCAGGAGGCGAGUCUGCUGAAACAGUUGGAGUCAUAUAAUGAUUUUAUUCAGAAGACCAAGGCUGAGUUGAGUAAAGAGCCAGACAGCACUCCAGCUACUAAACCCCAGAUUAAAACUCCCACGUCAGCCACUGAAAAGCCUCGGAUAAAACCCCCUCCGCUUCAGAGGCCUGAGACUAGCAAGAACUGGAAGAUCGUCACAGAAUCUGAGAAAUCAGAGACUGUGCCCACGGAGACAUCAGCAGAUAAAGAUGAUGUUGCACCAUCAAGACUUCAUAAGUAUUCAUCAGAACAUGAUGAAUUCACCCCGCCGGACAAGAUCUCUCGUCUUCCAGAGAAAUUUGAGGCCAGUGCAGACACUGAAGAUGAAGAUUCAUCAUGUGAUGACCAGCCAAAUAGUAAAAACAAAGGUUCUGAGAAGCAGUUAGAGCACAGAAAUCUGCUAAACAAAAUUAAAGGAGAAAAAUCUGACCUAGAUUUGCAUCCUGAGACUAGAGAGCCUUUGGAUGAGCAUGAAAAGCCAUUGGAAAUUAACAUCAAACAACUUUCCACUGGGCAAAGCACCUUUUUUAAAUCUCAGCAUAACCUGGAUUUUAAUGAUAUUGACUGCAAUAUCAUUAAGGACUGUGACAAAAGUCAGCACACAGUGCCUAACGGCAGAGACAGGGACAUUCUCAAAUUCGAGGACACAUCUGUUGAUAAUGUUGUUCCAUUGCUCAAUAAUUUAGAUAAAGGUACAUCCAAAAAACAAAAGCAGGAAGAGGAACCAACAGCAGUCAUUUUGGACUUGUUGGUUGAGGAUAAGAAGUCCAGAGUUGAUGGUCUUCCGAAAACCACUGACAUCUCAAUCGAGGAGGCCAGUCUCGAUAAUAGAGAAGACUUGAAUAACAAAAGGGCUUUGACUAUCCUAGCAGAUAAACUUGUGGAAAACUUCUUAAGUGAUGCGGUGAAGCAAUUUCAGAAGAUCAAGAAAGACAAAGAGGAGAAGUUAUCAGCUGCUAACCAGUUCAAAAGAGACUUCAUCAAUGAAGAUGAUGGACUUGGAAGCAACAACUUUAAGUCUCAGAGCAGGUCUUCAUCUAAAACAAAGACGGACAGUUUCCACACCUUCUUUGAUGAUGAUCAGGAGGAACUUUCAUCUCCAGAGCAUUGCAACAGACCUGAGAGCCCUGUCCUGGGUACGAGUGGACAGGAAGAGCUAACUAAACGUCUGGCGGAGCUAGAACUGAGCCGUGAGCUCUUCGAUGUCCUUGGUGACGAGCAGGACUGGUUCGAUGAGGACUUUGGUCUCAGCUCACGAAAACAACAGCAGAAGCAAAAACAUCAACAGCAGCAAGAUGGGAUUUCUAGCUCCUUGAGUUUGGGUGCGGGGGAACAGGUCAUAACACCGCCCAGGCCUGAACUUCCCGUGCAGAUGAAGCAACCAGAGGAGCCUGCCAUGAUUGUUCCUCACACUGUCCAGGAGGUGGAGAAACUGGUCAUCGCUGCUACUCAGGAGAUCUGGAAAAGCUGCAAACUGGGUUAUGGUAGACCAAGCCUGACUGGAGUAGCCAAACCUCAACCCUCUAAUAUUUUCCUGGAAGGAGACUCCAAAACCAAUGACCUGGAGGCUCAAUGCCAACAAAGCUACAAACUGGCCGUCUUUGAUUUAUCAUGGGAGGUCAUUCAAGACAUCUAUGCAGAAGAUCCAAAAGUUGAUCAGCCACAAUGGAUGAAGCCGCAUCGCCUUAAUUCCACCUACUUCCAUCGGGUGAAAUGCCCCAAUGACAUCACAACAGUCCAGGAAUUUGUCACCACUGAGGUAUUAAAGUUGUGUGGUCUAAAGAAAGAGCAGAACCAGAAAACAGACUGGCAGAAAAUGAUCAAAUUUGGGCGGAAAAAGAGAGACAGAGUUGACCACAUUCUGGUCCAGGAGUUGCAUGAGGAAGAAUCCCAGUGGGUGAACUAUGAUGAGGAUGAACUUUUUGUAAAGAUGCAGCUUGCUGAUGGGAUUUUUGAUGCCUUGCUAAAAGACACAGCUGACGUUCUGACCCAAAUCCAGGAGAAGAAGUCCAAAAGAACUCUGUGAUGGUGUUCUCAUCUGUACAGAGAAAUGUUUUAGGUACCUUCUGUUAAACACAAAAUGGAGGAUUUGGCAUAAAAGGACAUUCAGUGAGGAAUUCCCUUUCAGUCUGCUUGUGCAGGCCACGGAAAGUUGUGGAUUCAGGAUUCUAGACCUUGUCAGAGGUCUGACUUAUCAUGGAGAUGUUCACAUUCUCAUCUAGGAAGCCUGAUGAACUCGGCUCUUGAUGGUCCGGUGUUAAUUGUAGCAGCUGUUUGGGUCCAGAUUCCCCAUACUGUGUCUGUUCAUCAUUGCUGCUAAAACUGGCUCUGCCAUUCUCAAGUCUCAUGAUUAAAACACAAGGGUCGGAUCAAAUCAGGACAGACCUAAGGAUUUAAAAACUUGUUUUUAUUUCCAAUUAGAUUGUAUCAUAAGAAACACUUGUUGUUUUUUUUCUUUAAUUCUAUUAAUUUAUUUUUUAAAAAGUAACAUUUGAAUUUGAAAGUAACAUUGGAAAGUGUUUAAGGAAAAGAUUAUUUUACCAUUGACAUGAUUAAUUGCAGAACUAAGCACAAUAAGUACAAUUUGAAUGUUGAAAUGGCAAUACAGUGUAAAGGGAUUUGAUGCAAGAUAAUGUUGAAUGCAAAAAUAUGUCAAUUAUAUUUAACUCUGCUUUUUGAAAGCAACAGGAAAACCUCUGGUAAUGGUUUUGUUUUGGUCCAUACACAACAAUGUUGUAUUGGCAACACCUGCUACAGUUACUGGAUGCCAAAAGAUUGAAUUGAAAUAUAUGAACUGUGCUAAACACGGACAUGCUGGGUUCUAGCCUUAACAUUUGCCUUUUAUCCCAUUCAUUUUAAGUGCCUCCAUUGUUGCGUUUGCUCACGCACGAGCGACUUUUCCCGGCCUUCCUUUGACCAGUGUUGUGACGGUCCCUUUUGGCUUUAAUCUAGUCUUAACUUCUUUUUUCAUAGCUGGACAAACCUCUAAUACUGUAAGAUGUACAUUUCUGCCUUACUUUGUGCGUGUACCCAUCAUCAGAACCUUUUUAAAGUACAUUUUUGUGUUUAAAAAAGACAAGUGGUAAUGUUACGCUAUCUCUGGCACAAGGACACAUUUGUUUACUUUUAAAGAAGGCGUUUUACUCAUUGUGUACCUUUCCGAGGAACUGCUCAAGGGCUCAGCACGUCCAUCUCGUCUGUUAUCCACGAAUACUGUGAUGCACAUAUUUUUUUUAUAAAUCAGUCGCCAUUACAAGCCUGGUCUCAUAAGAAACAGAUUAUCAUCUUAUGUGUAUAAUUAGCUGUAACCAGCCUUUCCUCACCUCUCUAAAAGCUGUACUUUCUGAGCCAGUCUGUCUGAUAGUGACCUGCAGCAUCAUUGUGAGGUUAGAUCUAGAGUAUUGUGCCGUGUCCGUGGGUUAAACUUCAUCUAUGCAGCAACAGAGUCUCUGAUACCAAGCAUCAGUCGCUCGUCCAAUAGCAUGUCUAAUUAUAUAGGUAACGGAGAUCUCUACCUCGUUCUGAAAAUAGGCUACUACUAAUAGUCUUUUUGGCUAAUGCGUUUAAACUUUUAACUGUGGGUGGGAAAUUAGGAUUUGUGUGGCACAAGUGGUUUGAUAAUCAGUUUCUACUUUUAAAUUGGUAGGUCGUAGAAAUGUUUCACAUCUCGUAAGUGUAUGUGUAUUUAUAAUGAUGUACUGUGAGUGACAGAGGUGCACUUGAAGACUUGUAAAUUGUUUUACCCAUGUAAAUAUCGUCGAUGCCUAUCUCCUGUGAGUGGAAGAUUGCUGUGAAAUUGGACGUGGUUCCUUUUGCUUCCAUGUACAUAUUACAGAUAUAUUUGUUAACUGAACUGAUCCUUUGGAAAUUGUAAAUAAAGAUCUCGUCAUUUCUCAGUCA